AUGGUGGAUGCUUGUUGGGAUUACAUCUAUUUGGGUGUGGCGUACGAUGCGAAAACGAUGCCUGUUCCCGAAGAAAAGUUGAGCAAAUUGAGACGAGAGUUCUUGUAUUGGUAUCCAGUGGAUAUGCGUGUAUCUGGAAAAGAUUUAGUGCAGAAUCACCUGACAUACUUUCUGUUCAACCACGUCACCAUUUGGAAAGAUCAUCCGGAGUUGUGGCCGAAGAGUAUUCGAGCGAAUGGUCAUCUGCUGCUGAAUAAUGAAAAGAUGUCGAAACAGACGGGUAACUUCUUGACGUUGAGUGAUAGUGUGACACAAUUCUCGGCCGAUGGAAUGCGUUUAUCACUGGCGGAUGCUGGCGAUUACGUAGAGGAUGCAAAUUUUGUGUUUGCAAUGGCCGAUGCGGGUAUAUUACGACUGUACAAUCUGCUGGAGUGGAUCAAAGAAAUGGUCGUUCUCAGAGACACUAAUGCACUGAGAACGGGUGCGACGCAUUCGUUCGCGGAUCGUGUGUUCGAUAAUCAGAUGAACACGGCUAUACGACUGACCGCAACUAAUUACGAAACUACUCUCUUUAAAGAGGCACUCAAAACGGGAUUCUUUGAAUAUCAGUCAUAUCGAGAUAAGUACCGUGAGUUGUGCGGUGGUGAUACGGGAAUGCACGUGGAUUUGGUGUUUAAAUGGAUCGAAACUCAGGCGAUUAUUCUGUCGCCAAUAUGUCCACAUAUAGGUGAACAGAUCUGGCAGAUUCUCGGCAAGAAGAAUUUAAUUGUUUGCGAGAGGUGGCCUUUGGUAGCUGAGCCGAACCCGAUCACCGCAAAAGAAGCCGAAUUCAUUGAGGAUGCGAUGAAGGAAUUCCGAGCACGUCUUAAGAAUCAUACCAAUCCGAAAAAGAAGGGUAACCCAGCGGUGGUGAGUGCGCCACCAACAGAAGCGAUCAUUUACGUGGCCAAAGAGUAUCCGAGCUGGCAGCGAGAAGUGCUGACCAUAUUGAAUCAACUCUACAGCGAUGGUCAUGACGAACUGCCCGACAAUAAAGUGAUAUCGCAACGUCUUCUCGCCGAAGCUUCACUGAAGAAAGUGGCAAAGAGAACGAUGCCGUUCGUGCAAAUGAUUAAAGAGAAUUUGGCUUUGCACGGUCGUGGGGCGUUGGAUAUGGGGUGUAGAUUCGAUCAAGCUGAUGUGUUGAGAGAGAAUAUGGAUUAUAUUUUGGUGAAUUUGGAAUUGGAAAAAGUGCAGAUUAAAGACACGAGUGAGCAAGGUAUUGAAGCGAAUAUUGUGGAUAUCACAUGUCCUGGACGUCCGAUUAUUAUGUAUUAUCAACCGAAGGUAUGCAUGUGA